AUGCUGCUAACCUUCAAGGACCUCAAACAACAGCGCUUCACCAUCGACGCCGAGCCCUCCGAGACCAUCGGCGCGGUCAAGGAUAAGAUCAGUGCGGAGAAGUCCUGGGAGAAGUCGACCUUGAAGCUCAUCUACUCGGGCAAGAUCCUACAGGAUGACAACACCGUCGAGUCGUAUAAGAUCGAAGAGAAGGGUUUCAUCGUGUGCAUGACCUCCAAGCCCAAGGCGCCACCUUCAAAACCUGCCGAGCCAUCCACACCCGCGAAGCCAGCCUCCACCCCAUCGGUCCCACCUGCGCCGUCCCAGUCCGCACCUUCAACUACGUCACAAGUGCCUGCCACUCCGUCGCCCGCCCCUGGCGCAGCAGCCGAGGGCGCCUCUUGGAAUGACCCAUCCGCUCUGGCCCUAGGAGAGCAGCGUGCUUCCGCCAUCGCCAACAUGGAAGCUAUGGGCUUUCCCCGCGAUCAGAUCGAUCUCGCCAUGCGCGCCGCAUUCUUCAACCCAGAUCGCGCUGUUGAGUACCUCCUCAACGGCAUUCCUGCGAGCGCCCAGCAAGAGCAGCGAGAACAGCAGGCGGCACCACGAGCACAAGAUCAGGCACAAGAUGCUUCGGCGCAAGCCGAGACCGGCACUCAGACUGCCGCAGCUGGAGGUGAUGAACCAGUCAAUCUCUUCGAGCAGGCUGCAGCUGCAGCAGGUGGUGGCAGAGGAGCAGCUGGUGCGCGCGGCGGCGCCGGUGCUGGUGGUCUUAGUGCGGCGCUUGGUGGAGGACAAGCUGGUGCUGGAGGUGCAGCUGCCAACCUCGAGUUUCUCCGAAGCAACCCGCAAUUUCAGCAGCUUCGCCAAGUCGUUCAGCAGCAACCCGCUAUGCUUGAGCCUAUCCUUCAGCAAGUCGCUGCAGGCAACCCACAGCUCGCUCAGAUGAUAACCCAACAUCCAGAGCAGUUUAUGCAAUUGCUUGCAGAGGACGGUGAUGACGACAUGGCUGCGCCGCCUGGUGGCUCAAUAGCAGUGACGGAGGAGGAGCGUGAUGCCAUUGAGCGGUUAUGCCGUCUCGGCUUMGAGCGCAACUUGGUCAUCCAGGCCUACUUCGCGUGUGACAAGAACGAGGAAUUGGCUGCGAACUUCCUCUUCGACCAGCCCGACGAGCCUGAGGAGGGUGGUGCUCAGUGA